AAAAAAGUAUCCAAACACUCAAAAUUAUGUCAAUAAAAAGGAAUAAAUAAAUAAUAAAAAUUGUGUUAUGCGAUAAUACCAUUAUAAUAUCACCAUAUCUCGCUAUGAUUAUGAUUUGUGCGAAACAUUUGAGACAAUAAACCGCGACAUUAUCACUUUCAGAAGGUCGUCCGUGUCUCCCAAGUGAAACACAAAAGAGGUUAUUUGGGGGGUGUCAGCAUGAAUACCAGUGUUGGAUUAAAUUAAAUUGGACUACGAGUAAGUGUGUUUCUAUUUCAUUGAACAACCCCACGAAAAUGGAGGGUGGACCCAACAUACAAGAAGCAGACGACACAAUAAAUUCCUCCACUGCUGAGGAAGGAGGAAAUUCGGGAUGUUACUACAGCUGCUGUGACCCCAGGGGCAGGCUGCACCGCUUUAUAGCCCUAAUUUUCAUGUGCUUCCUCGGUUUUGGUUCCUAUUUCUGUUACGACAACCCUGCAGCUUUAGAAGGCCACAUCGAAAAAACCUUAAAUAUAACCACAACUCAAUAUUCCCUACUUUACUCGAUGUACUCUUGGCCAAACGUUGUGCUAUGUUUCGUUGGAGGCUUUCUAAUUGACCGAGUUUUCGGAAUUCGUCUCGGCACCAAUAUUUAUUCGGGCCUCACGUUGUUGGGGCAAAUUAUUUUCGCCAGCGGGGCGCUGUUUGACGUUUUUUGGAUAAUGAUCAUGGGCAGAUUUAUUUUUGGCAUAGGGGCUGAGUCGCUAGCAGUCGCACAAAAUAAUUACGCCGUGUUGUGGUUCAAAGGCAAAGAACUUAACAUGGUUUUUGGGCUGCAGUUGAGUUUUGCGCGGAUUGGUAGCACUGUGAAUUUUCUCGUGAUGGAAUCGAUUUACCAGUGGGUUAAUAAGGAGUACAAAGGGACGGAAUUGCUAGGAAUUGUUUUAUUUGUGGCCACUUCGACCUGUCUGUUCUCCAUGCUUUGUGCCCUAGUUUUGGGUUUUAUGGACAAGCGGGCGGAAAAUCUGUUAAGACGACACGAAACCACAAACCCUGAAGUUGUUCGAUUUACCGACGUUAUUGAGUUUAAAUUCACCUUUUGGCUUAUUGCCGUGAUCUGUGUUUCUUAUUACGUCGCUAUAUUUCCCUUUAUCGCCCUUGGAGAAGACCUAUUUAUUAAAAAAUUCCACAUGUCGAAACAAGAGGCGAACACGAUUAAUAGUCUCAUUUACUUGAUAUCAGGAGUGGCUUCGCCCCUCGUGGGCCUUUUUAUCGACAAAGUUGGCAAAAAUAUUUUAUGGAUCGUUGUGGCAAUUUCAGUGACGAUAGGGUCACACACCUUGUGGGCCUUUACCGACGUCAACGCCUACGUUGGAAUGGUUAUCUUGGGGCUUGCAUACGCAUGCUUGGCCAGUAGUUUAUGGCCUUUGGUCUCUUUGAUAAUUCCCGAGUAUCAGUUAGGAACAGCUUACGGAGUUUGUCAAGCUAUUCAAAAUCUUGGCCUGGCCGUGUUUACAAUAGUGGCUGGGCACAUCAAAGACACCUACGGCUACAUCUGGCUUGAAGUGUUCUUCAUUUGCACACUAAUAGUCGCCUUAGUGUUCACUCUUGUUUUAUGGUUGGUUGACAUGUACCAAAGAGGUGUCCUGAACAUGACUCCCGGAAAUCGGGUAGCGCAUCAAGAGAGGCUAUCAAGCGCCGCAGACGCGGAGAAACAAAGACUCUUAUCGUCUGAAGCGAGUUCAAGUAACGACAAUGAUAAUUUACAACCGAGUUCAGAUUUUGAAAUUAGGAACCGAUAUUUGUCGAGGAUCGGGGCACCAUUACCUGAUCACUAUUCAAUUCAAAACAAAGGACUCUCUUACAGAGCGUUGAGAUAAGUCUUUUCAAUUAUUAUACGAUUUUGUGAUCAAAUAAAGUGAUAAAACACAAGACUAAUAUUGAAUACAAAAAAUAUUUAACGAUUCUGUAAUGAUCAAAGCAGAAUUUGAAUCAAAGUGUAUUGUGAUACAUAUCGUAAGAUACUAAGUAAAAAGUGUAAAAUAUUAAAGGUUUAGAACAUUUUCUACUCUCUGUUUCCACAGUUGUGUACUCUAUAGAUCAAUAUAUUUAUUGUUAGUACGGAAUUUUAUAGUGUAAUUGUAAUUAAUAAAGACAUUUGUCUAUUUUCUACAA